GAACCAGCCGACAAUGGUCAGGUGAUCGAAUCAUUGAAAAAGAACUUGCGCGUCAUCUUCAUUAAGGGACCCGAAGGCAAUGGCUUGGAGAAAGCCGCUGUCAGUCUCGCCAAACACGCUGGAGAAGAGAAGACCGCUAUCUACGUGUUGCAGAAACAAGCUGACUUGGGCGAUUUGGCUAACAAAUUACAGGUUGAAAACGAUGUGCAACGUCACAAACCCGAAGUACACUUUGUCAAAUACCGCACACCCGAGGAUGCGGCCAACGCUCAGCGUGCCAUCCAACAGCAAUACGAUCAAUUGGGCGGCAAUUCUCAAAGCUAUAAUGGCGGUGAUGCUCCAGUACACAACUUUGCUUCUCCUGCUGCGCGACCAGCACCACGUCCCGUUAGCGCUCCCGGCGCUGCUUAUCUGCCUUCAUCCAUUUUCCGUGUCUAAAGGUUAUAGACAAGCGCGUGAGGAAAACUGAAAUCGACUCUGAAAUGUUGUUAUUUAUAUAUAGACUGAUGAUCCUUAUUAAUUGUUGUUAUCUACUUUUAAUAAAUUGUUUACUUCGUAAUGCAUAAUUAAAGAAA